AUGCGUCGACGUGAUGACCCGCUUUUAUUGGGCGUCAUAGCAGAAUUAGCCGUUUCUAAUGUGUUCACGUGAAACAAAUUGUAAGACCUUAAAUCGGUUUUAGAGAUAAAGCAUCUAUUGUUAUACAAUUUGUAGAUGACUGCGUUCUGAAGACAACCGUAGGUGUCGUUUUUUGAAAUUAUAAUUAUUUAAAAAAUUGCAGUUAUUAAAUAAUAAUACUAAUAGUAAGAAUAAUGAAUGUAAAAUAAGAUUUAUGCAUCGUCGAUAAUGAUUUGAACGUUUGGCGAAUUGUAAAACGUCGACGAGGGAAUCUUCAACAUGUCAGCUAUCAGUGGAUACUCUGGGCUUUAAAUUACCGACCGCCGGACCUUCUUUUAGCUAUUGCAAAUUGUUGGCUAGUAAAUAGCCGACGGAGAGUAUGGGGCAGAACCCCGAAUACAUUCGAAGCGUGGCCCUCAAUAACCAUUCCUUAGUUGGUCGCUUCGUCUGCUCACCGUGUGGCCGCCGUUAGGUGAGUAUCCCCCGGCUAAUAAACCACUACCUAGCGUUACUCAUAAGCCCAGUCGUCGAAGCCUACCGCACGGCACCGGCCGCAUGAUAAGUCUACGGCUAGCACUGGGGUCCCUGGUCGGCGCCGGGGCCCAGAGACCACCCGAUUUACGCCCCAUAGAUGUCGUGAAUCGGACAUAUUUCGACACCCAUUGGCCAACGGAAUGGAAGGUUAUCCCACACUGGGGACCCCAGGUGUCUCCCGAUUCGCUAUUGAUAACACAAUCCCCGUUGCCGGGGGAAGCGGAUCAGCCGAGAGCAUAA